GCAAAUGACAGAGUAGACAUACGGAUCCUGCAACAGUACUGAGGUUUUCUGGCAUAUAACAGGUGAUCAUGAAUGAUCACAACAAGACCCUCAUAGAGAGUCUUGGACUCAUUUUCUCCACCACUACAAUGAAUAUGUCAAUGGAUGACAGCAGCCAUCACAGCAUGACAAUGAGCUCGGACAGCCAUGCUCACCACUCAUCAACAUCUGCUCCAGGCCAUGAUCAUGGCUCUGGUGGAAUGAUGAUGCAAAUGACCUUCUACUUUGGGUACAAGAAAGUGGAGCUGCUGUUCCCUGGGAUAGUGAUCAACUCAGUUGGAGGGAUGGUCGGUGCCUGUGUGGUUGUCUUCCUGUGUGCUUUGGCUUACGAGGGGCUGAAAAUCAGUCGAGAAUGUUUGCUUCGUAAAUCGCAGGUUAAUGUUCGUUAUAAUUCCAUGCCUGUACCUGGACCAAAUGGGACAAUCCUGAUGGAAACGCACAAAACUGUUGGCCAGCAGAUGUUCAGUGUGCCCCACCUCAUCCAGACUUUACUUCACAUCAUACAAGUGGUCAUCAGCUACUUCCUCAUGUUGAUCUUUAUGACCUACAACGGUUACCUCUGCAUUGCUGUGGCACUGGGUGCAGGUGCUGGAUACUCUCUUCAGCUGGAAGAAGGCAGUGGUGGUGGACAUCACUGAACACUGCCAUUAACGACGGCAGUGAGCAAAUUGCACGCCCCAGCACUAUGAUCUGCAAAGCGGGAAAUGACCAUUCAGCCAGUUUAAAAAUACGGACAGACACCGGGGACACACACAAACAGAUGGACACACACAUGGACACACGCAGGUGGGGACAAAUAAAUGCUGGCACCCCCUAUACAUACACACAUUAAUCUGUUCAGACUCCAGUUGAAGGAUCGCUGCUCAAAUCGUUUUUUUUUGUGCUUCACGCCUUAAUUGCUGCCAAAGAGCAGAUUUACACUUCCUUUUCAGAAACCUGAGGCAUGAUCUUGGGUAAUGGUGCUGGAGCAGCCACUUCGGACUACAUGUAUAAUGAAGUGUGCUAUGAAUCCUAAACGAUGAGCCAUUGCUUUACCUGGAGUUGUUCUUGAAAUCUUUACAAUGUUGUCUUUGCUCAGAUGGGAUUAUGUAAAACUCUAAUCACUUCAAACUAUCUAAAUGAAUUUCUGUUUUAAUUGCAGUUUCCCAUAGUUCACACAGUUAAAGUGAGCAAUAGUUAUGGCCAAAACUAUAUCUUCCUGCACUGAUAUAGCAUAUCAGUUUGUAGACAGAAAUGGCAUAAUUAAGUGAGGACAUGUAGUCACUCUGUGAGUUUCUCCUCUCGUAUAAGUGAAUAGUGAAGCAAUUUUUAUUUUGCAAGGAUUAAAUUUUUUUAAAAAAUAGAACUUUCAAAUGUGUUGUACAAAGCUGAAUACUAUCAGGACCAAGACUUAAUGAUCACUUCAUAAGUAGUUUUUUCAAACAAAAAGACCUUCUGUCCCUCAAUAAAAUACUCAAUAGCAUACAUAAUGUUAAUGGCAAGAAAUUGUAUUUGUUUGGUUCACAUCAAGAAUAUUUGAUUUUUUAAAUGUAAUUGUUCACUUUUUUAAAAAGUCUGAAUACAGAAAUGCAUCUGUAUUGUCUGCAAUUUGCAUUCUUGCCCACAACCCCAUCCUUUAGUUCAAUCUCCUGGUUCUCAAAAUUGAUGCUUGGAUCCCUGAUUCGUAAUAUUUUCUAUUUGUGCUGACGGAAUUGUAAUUUAAUAAGAAAAUUAUGUAUUGAUUCCAGGUAGAUAUAUGCUAUUACCUGGUGUUUGUGUUAGGAAUUUUCCUCACUAUUGGUUAGCAAAGUAUUUGUACUUGUAUUCAUUGGAGGACUGGGAGACUCCUUUGAUGGUUUUUUUGGGUGCUGCUGGGCCUGCACAGAUACAUAUCAAUGGAACAACCUUGCUCAGGACCAAUAGGAAUGAAUGGACUGGUCCUCCGGAAUCUAUUUUUAGAAAUUUGAUCAAUUUUAAUCAACUGCUGAUUGUAGUCCAGAGCAGCUCAGAAAUGGUGAGGGAACUUUAGGUUUUGCCAAUUAUACUAAUUCAAAUGUUCUUUUUUGCCGCGUUUAGUUUAGGAGAGCCAGGGGAGUAGGCAAGGAAAUGAGUUCAAUCAGGUCCUUAAUUCUACUUGAUAAGUUUCAGUGGCAGCUGUGAAGGUCUGUAAGAUCAAUGUGAUCUUCUCUGGCUGGCAUUCAAGAAUCACAAAGCAAUGUGUGAAUGUGGAGACCAUUUGGCCUAAUUUACAUCGUCAUUUUGCAGAAACCUGCUGUUCCAUCAAGAUGGCAAUGAGUGUUUAGCCUGUUCCAAAUGAUUUGAUGUACUGAGAUUCUACAAGUGCUGGCUGGUCACCUCUACUCAAGUACCCUUUGCAAUUGAAUUUAUAGGUUGCUCCAGUAAGGGGACCAUUAUAGUUCAGGCUGAAUAUUACUUGCAUCUAACGUCUAUGUAUAUGCACUUUUCCCUUAGGAUAGUGAGCUGCUUGGCUUAUUUGCAUAAUCCCACCCAUUCCUGAUCCAACAAUUGUGGAUGCAGUACAUUAUUCUUACCCAACUGAGAUCAGUGGUUGAGUAAGAUGGUAGAUAAUGCAUUUAUCCAGUGUCACUAGACAGUUAUAAAACCUGGUAUAAGAAAAAAAAAUAGUAAGAAUCUAAAGAAUUUGUAGAUUGUAGACUGACUACCCUGCUUAUUCCAAAAAUUUUGGGUCUCUGGUGUCAUAUUAUCACCAAGCCCAUCAAAGCAUUAUACCUUAGAAGAUCUUCAGUGUUUUGAAAUAAACACUUACAGUGCAAACUUCAGAAAAUGUACUGGACAUAGUCAAUGGAGAUGCAGCUCUCUUGUGUAACUGUGCUCUUUUUUGGGCUUCUAGCAGUCCGUGAAAUGUGGGAUGUUGUCUGGAAGGGUCACGUCCCACACAGAAGUCUCCCCUCAUUGGUUUUAAUUUUGUUCACUAAUGUUGUGCUGAUUCACCACCAAUCAUGGCAGUACUUCAUCCUCUGUCAUGUUCUUUCAGCCUUGCUUGUAUUUCCUAAUAGAAGGAAUUAUGAGGUGGUGCUACUGUUUAAUACCUGAGUUACAACUUUAAUCUGGUCAGCAUUAAAUAGGUACAAUAUUUUUUUCUAGUAAUAGCCCCAGGACAGAGUUUCCAGAGGCACCACUAAGUAACACUAUUAUACUGUUUGUAAAGUGAGAGCCUUUUUGUAAAAUGGUACCAGUUAGGUGUAUACUUAAAGCUUGCUAAUGGGGCCAUUGGGGUGGGAAUGACACAAACCUUUGAGCAGCAAUUGGUUAAUUAAAAAAAUAUUUUGAGGGCUGUGUGUUUGCAAUUGAUUGUCCUUCCUCAUCUUGCAGUAAGUAACUUUUUCAUAUUAGCUGCAUAGUGUCACUACACAUCUGACCACAUGAACUAAGCCUGCAGAUGAGAUGUACUUUGUGUUGAGGUUGUCCCCCACUACUUUCUCCUGGACUCCCGCUUUUAUUGGGAUUUUCAGUCAAAUUUUUUUUCCCCCUCUAAUUCGUAGAGAUUCUGCUGUGAAAUAAAAGUAAAACACAAAAUGCAGGAAAUACUCAAAACUGUCGAGAUCACUAACCUAGAUGCUGUUUCUUUCUCUCUUGCUGAUCGAUUGUAUUUCCAGCAUUUUCUGUUUUUAAUUUUGGACUACCUGUAUUGGCUUAUGUGAAACGGGUUUGUUAUUGAUCCCUAAGUCCUCAUUGCUUCCAAUUCAUUAGCUCACAUGGCAGUGUCAAUGAACAUGGUCAUGUACGUUUGUACUACAGUCAUGAUCCAUGACACCGUAAAGUGUCAUUUGGACUAACCAACAAUGAAUGACAAGGUGUCCUGCAUUUAACUGCGCACACAAUGUUUCUCUCCUCUGGUACUCUUAAAAUAUUGCCACUGAAAGCAUUCCAUUUUGGAUUUUAAAACUCAAGCUGAGCAGAAAGAACCAAUGGUAAUUUUAAACUAAAACUUGGCUCCAAACUGGAUCUGUGUAAGUUUGGCUUUUAUGCAUUUAAUGUUGGAGCAGGAGUUGACAAGUGUUCUUCCUCGUUUGUGCUGCUAUUUUCACAUUUGUGCUCCCAGAACUGCUUUUAAUACAGCUGAACAUCAAAAUGUGAUUUAUAAAAGUGUACUCUCCUUCUGAAAUAAAUGGCAAUCCUACAUUUCGCAUUGAAUAUAGCUAAUAAAAGGAUAUGAUGGGGAAAAUAUUGUAAUUCUUUGGUUGUCAAUCUUGUACAAGAUGUUUUUUUUUAAAAUCACCCUGUAAAAUUUGGUACAUGUUUACUCAGCUUGUAUUUGAAAUUCAGUGCCUUUGGUUCUCUUGAAUGAAUAAUGGUCGCCUAUUGUUAAGCCUUUGUCUUGUAAUUUGAUUUCUCAGUUCUCAAACAUGUUGAUGAUUUUCCUCCCACUCCAGCACCUCAGUGUUGCAAUGUUAUCUUCCUAGUGAGCUGUCAGAAACAAUUCUUGAGACUGUACAAUGCAAUUUUCUGUACUGGAAAAAUAAUAUAUUAUCAUGCUUAUUUCCAAUAAACUAUUAGUUUGUCUUUUAAACUUA